GGCUCCAAACGCCUUUCUUCGGUGUGGCCGGAAUGCAAUGGGGGAAAGUAGCCCUCGUGCUCACAAAGAAGCCGCUCUGGUUGUCCACGAGGUUUCCUGUCUGAACAAUGUAUGCGUGCUGGCUAGUGAGCAAAGACAGAAGCUGCCCGCAAAUAAGAUUGCCGCAUUUAGAAAUGGUGGUGAUAGGGCGAGGCCCUGAGACAGAAAUAACAGACAAGAAGUGUUCACGAAGACAAGUACAGCUAAAAGCGGACUGCAAUAAAGGUUUUGUCAAGGUUAAACAGAUAGGAGUCAAUCCAACCAGCAUCGAUCUGGUGGAUAUUGGCAGGGACCAAGAAAUUAAACUGAAGCCAGGACAAAUUCUCCACAUUGUCAAUAAACUGUAUCCCUAUACUGUACAAUUCAAAGAAGAAACGGAAGUGUGCAUCGGUGGGGAAGCCACAAGACUAAAACAUGGGAAAAAGACUCAGGCAGAAUCUGAAAACUGUACUGUGGAGGAAAGUAGGCCGGAAAAACAUUUAAAAAUGCAGCAAGAUGACCCACGAGGCUGCAAGUUGGAUUACGGGCUGAAGGACGGUAAAAGUCCCGCAGCGUUGUCCGGAACAUCUCCUGGCAAAAAGGAAUUUGUGGGACACUGGAGUCAAGGACUGAAGUCUUCUAUGCAAGACCCAAAUAUGCAGGUUUACAAGGACGAAAGGGUUGUUGUUAUAAAAGAUAAGUAUCCCAAGGCUCGCUAUCACUGGUUAGUGUUGCCAUGGCAAUCCAUCUCCAGCUUGAAAGCCGUGACUGAGGAGCACCUUGAGCUGCUGGAAUACAUGCAUGUCAUUGGGGAAAGAAUGGUCCAGCAGUGCCCUGAGGAAGACACCCUGCACUUCAGAUUGGGCUACCAUGCCAUUCCCAGCAUGAGCCACCUACACCUUCAUGUCAUCAGCCAGGAAUUUGAUUCCCCGUGGCUCAAAAACAAGAAGCACUGGAAUUCUUUUACGACAGAAUACUUUAUAGAUUCCAAAGAGGUGAUUGAGAUGGUCAAGAAGAAAGGCAGAAUAACUGUGAACAGCCAGGCCUCCGAAUCCCUGAAGGCGCCUCUGAGAUGCCACAUCUGCAAACAGCAGCAAUCCACUAUCCCCCAGUUAAAGGAUCACCUUCGAAAACAUUGGCCAAAAUGAUUAGAAGAGUCUGUUUUCUAAUAUGUUCAUUAAAACAUUACCAGUUGUCUCAGGAAUUGAAUUCCAUUGUUAACAAGUUAGUUUUAAAGAACGUACCAAAGUUGUCUUCUUUUUUAAAAAAGCUAACAACGCACCAAAAUGUGAGUAUUUAAAAUUACUUCCCUGCUUCAGUGAGACAGAUUCCUGAUAAGAUAGAUAUUAUGAAGAGGAGGAACACUCUAGGUUCAGUGUAGUUAUCUGAUUCUUUACCACAAGAGAUGACUGAAUCUAGAUUGGUUGCAUUUGGUGUCUUUGAAUAGGAGGGAGAAGUAUCCCUUAAUUUUUUUUCUCCCCAAGGGAAUUUAACAGCAUAUAGGUGUGGGGAUGAGAAUUAAGUUGUUGUUAGUUUGGCUUCUCCCCCCUGGAUUAUGGGCCGAAUUACUCAAAUCCAGAGUUGUCAGAUAGCAAUAAUGAUUGACAGCCUUUGAACUUACAGUUCCUGGAAGCUGAAAAACAGUAACUUUUGCAAGGACAUCUGCUGGCUCAGCUAAUAUUUGAACCCCAGUUCUGUGAAGUCCCAGGUAAUAAAUUCCUCAUCAUGAAUGCUCUAUGCUCUGAGGCAGUUCCUAUCACCUCUCUUGAGCAGGAGUAAGCAUAGUGCUGCUUUAGGUCCAUCAUCAAGCUAACAAGCAAAAGAUGUGAUCCACUGUCACCCCUGGGUAGUGUCCAGCCAGCCCACGUACAACAGAAGAAGACAUUAGCCUUAGGGCAGAAUUAGGUGAUAUGUCAAACUCAGGGACGCUUCUGGUUGAGACCACUGCUCGAUUCUGAUUGAGGCAACUGCAGCGCUGUUAAAAGGAAUUCCCUGGUGGGAACUUACUCUUACGAAAUGGCAGGGCAGUAUCAUCUAGUUUGGCCCUUGUUGGAAUCAAGAAGCAAGCAAGCAGAAGUGAGCGACAUCUGGCUAUUGCAUAUCCCAGGAAGCAUGAGCUGGGUUCCUGCUCCCCAGGACAAUGAUGUGUAAGUAGUCCAUGCUUGUUGGGGCUUCCACAAGCAUCAAAAUAAGUUACUAGAUAGUUGGGGCUGGACCCUGUUUAAGUUGUGUGGUUUUCAUGCAAACAGUAGAGGCUUCUGCAAGGGGAAAUGGGGAGUGGAAUUUGCGCCCUAUCACAGUAUCCUGACAAGCUUUUCCAGGCAAUGUUUCUUCUGUAUUCUCCUGAGGUACAACCAGUUUCUCAAAUUAAAGUCUGCUGCAAUUAAGCCUGA